AAAAAAAAAAAGAUUGUCAGAGGGGAAGGGGACUUGCGUUGAAAGUUAAUGUACGGUAGUUUGAAUUGUGCUACAUACAAACAUGAAUAAAAAGGCGAGUAAUGGCUGUAGUGCGUGCUUUGUUUAUAGGCUUAUCACUGAGCAGGAAGUUGGCUUAAUGUACAAUUCAUUCUAAUUUCCUUGUGUUUGCUUUUCGGAUCAUUGGUUUCUUGGUUGUUCUUAUGCAAGCUGUAUAUAUUAUUCAACAGUCUCCAUUUCCAGAAGUUUUCUACUCUGGGCAGUGAUUUAGUGGUUUCAUUUUUACCUAGACCAUAUACGUCUACUUAUUCUCAUAGGGCGCUCUUACUUAGGAAAUGGAGCGAAAGGAUCUUGCUUCGGAACUUAAACAGUGGGUCACAGAAGAGAUGGGCAUGCCUGCUCGCAGAAUUCCGUCAGAUGCUUUGUUCCGGAAAAUGUGUUUGGGUCGAUGUGCUGAUAUCUGGAAAUAUGUCGUACGGCAUGUAUAUAGCUCAAGGUAUGUGAAGAAAGUCCGUGGAAACUUGCUUUGGUACAAGGAUCUUCGCCAGCUUGAGGUUGAUCAGAGUGAAGCAGAGAGCCAGCGGGAGCAGCGGAAAGUCCUUAUGAAGAAUAUCUUGACUGUAAAGUUGGAGAAUGAGCAGUUAAAUUUACAGAUUGAAGCUGCAUUGCAGUCAGUGGAUGUAGAUGAAAGCAGCAUGGAGCUGACUCUUGAAAGAAUACAUGACAGCAAGAUGCGCACUCAGAUGUUGAAAGCUUUUUCUUUACGCAUGCUAAAUGAAAGAAAAAAAUUGCGAGAGCACAUUGCCCGCAUUUCUAGUCGUAUAGAGCAGUGCCAGCAUACUUGUAGUAAAGGAAAAACUGAAGUAGUCUUUGGCGGAACCUUUGUGAACCCUGAUCACAAUGCUUCACCAGUUGCAGUUCCAGAGCCUGCUGUUCUGAGGGUUGUGAAGAAGGCUUGUCUGCUGCGUCAUGAGCUUCUUAUGUCUCUCUUGAAAACUGAAUUAGAUGGAAAUCAGCAGUUUAGUGAUGAGACGGAGGCACAGUUCCAGGUUUCCUAUCAGCACUGGCUUAGUUUGGUUGAGAAUAUAAUGAGCUGCCAUCCACCCAGUCACAUCCUUUUGGCGCUGGAGUACUUGGCAUCGCAGAAUACUUUGAAAUUAAGAGAGAUGACAUCCAGGCUCAACAUAUCUGAGGACAUAGAGGCACUCAAAUUUCGGUAUGAAAGUCGUCACCUUAAGGAUGUUUCUAAACAAGAUGAUGUACUUCCUACUGUCAAGUGGUUGAUCCAGGAUGGAUGGAAUAAGUGUGAACAACUUGAGAUUGAAAACCUCUUGCAACAGGAUCUGGAGGAAGCUUUAGCUGCAAAACUGACUUCAUUAACACAAGAAUAUCGACAGCUCAUUUCGGGGUUCUCCGAGACUGAGGCACUUGUCAGGACUGCCUUUGAUCUAGAGCUGACACUUGUGGGAAGAAAAGCUUUCUGUCAUUCCUUACUAGAACAGUCAGAGGAGAUAAAGAGACUAAUCCAUGCAAAGCAUCUAGAACUUCAGGCACUACAACAGAAACGCCAGCAGGUCCUCGAUUUCCAGCAGUUAGUGAUUAAGAAACAAGAAAGUAUCCGAAAGGUGAUAAAAGGAAAUUCAAUAAACAAAUCUCAGCUGAAGAAGAGUCGUGCAGAGAUCGAGGCAUACAUUGAAGACAGACUGCUAAAACAUGAGAUGAGGAUCUUGUCAGAGACUGGACUGCUGAGAAACUGGGUGGACCGUGAAGUGCAGCAUUUUAAAUCCAUCUCUCUGCCUUGCUUUCAGCGCAUGACUGUGAAUGAUGUUCAGCGAAUUCCAGUUCAUGAGCUGUCAAUUCAUGGACUUGACCUGACAGAUCCCACAGAGAAUUAUGCAUUGCAAAAAGUUUGUCAUUGUCUGCAUUUCCCCAUGUACAAGGCCCCAGAACAGAUUAUGUACCAUGUGGCUGAUAAAAAGCUUCAGAAGAUUUUGUUAAGCAGCCAUCUGCAGUUCAAAGAAAGUGCUUUGAAAGUACUUGAACAGAAGCUGUCAGCAGCUCCAGAUACACAAGGCCUCCUUCAUUUGGUCUUGGAGAAUGACCGACUUCAGCUCAGCAAACUUCUUCCUGCAAUUCAUCAUCAAACUAAGCGGUGUAUUCAGUGUAUUCAUCACUGCAGUGAGGUGCAAAAAGCUGUGACAGCAUGGCUGGAACAGCCUGCUCAGUUUACACUUCCAUGGGAAAAACGGCAUGGACUGAGCCUACAGCAGUGGCAUGAAAGAUGGACCCUGGCUGUAAAAGCGCUUCAAGAGAAGCAGGGAAACUGGACAUAAUCCACAACAAGGCACAAAAUGUGCGUCAGGACUAGGGAUGGAAACUUAUGCAACCACCCUCUGGCACCUUGGCUGGAUGCAAUUCAUGGGGCAAAAACUCAAACACCAUUUCAUGACUAAUUUUAUUUAUAUAUAUUCCAAUCAGUGAAAAGGCAGGAACAAAAAAAAUAAAGCGAAUGUUGAGUUUUUAAAGUGAAACAAAGUACAGUGUUUUUAUGGUAGCCAGAGUCAAAAUAAUGGAAAUGGAACUGUAUGUCUUUAAAAAGUACAUGAAAAAUGCAGUACAUGAAUGUAAAACAUUGUACUGUGAAACUCAGAGGGGCUUCACGUUUCAUUACAGCAGUGACUUUAAAAAGAGGCUUCCAGCACUGGACAUAACAAGGGACUUGCUGUCUUGGGUCUGAGAUGUCUUCUGUUAUCACCAUGCUACUUUUCGUUCGAAGGAUUUGGCAGAUAUGUAGUUUGAAAAAUCUUUCAAACCUCAACAUUGUGCUCAGUAAACAUAUAGAAGCUGACUAAAACCUGAGAAGAUGCUUUCAGCCUGGUAAAUUUAAUGAAUGCCUUGUUUAAGCUGUAGCUAGAUGAAUAGUUUAAUAGUCAAUUUCUUGUGAUGAUGGUGCAGUAUUAUAUUGCCUGGCCUUCUCUCGCUGUCCUUAAUGGAAGCUGUAAGAGAAUAUGGUAUGCUUCUGUCAGGUUUGGUACAUGUUAACAAGUUAUGGAACUGUGGGCCAGAUGGUUUUGAUCAUAGAAGGAGUGGUCAGAUUUGUUCUCUGCAUACCUUUUCAUAUAUAACAGCAUUCAUGAAAUGGGUGAUUUGAGUUGUCCUGUAUUGAUGAAAAUAAAGAUGUUUUUAAAAUGUU